AUGGAGCUGAGAGGGUACCCUACAGUUGUGGCCGUCGUUGCCGGUCGCUUUCCUCUGCUCUUCUCUGCGCUCGCGCAGUUUGCGAAAGAUCUCGGUGCGGCCAAUGCAGAGCCCAUGAGCGUCGCAGGUGUGAAGUCGGAUGUGCGGUGCCGCAGCGUGUGGCUGUCUAACGCAUGCGCUGUGGAGGACAUCGGUGAUCAGGCGCUGGCCACCCUCGCCCCUCUUCCGCAGCUUCUGAGAAGCUUCGGAAAGGAUGGCAAUGAUGUUGAGAACGAGGUGUGGUCAGUGCUACAUCUCUUCUCAUGGGCACUGCGCUGUUCGGCGAUUGGUGGGUCCAUUGCGACCUUUCUGGAAAGCUGCGAGGAGCUCUGGAUGCUCGUGGAGUCGGAGGUGGGGAAGGCAGAACCACACGACAGUGUGCAGCUGGUGUUGCUGGAUCUUCUCAGCGCCUUGGCACUUCAUGCCGCUUUCUCAGCAGCACUCCGCAAGCGACUGUUGGUGAUCGCAGGGAAGCUGACGCGCUUACCACUCCCUGUGCACUUUCACACGGCUGUUAAGCUGUACUACGGGUGCGCAGUCGCCGAGCAGGAGGACGAGGACGGGGGCGUAGAGAAGGCGCUCGAUGCGCUUCAUGAUGCGUGGGAAAGGAUGACGCAGCAGUCCGCCGUCACCCCACCUGCACUGCAGGCAGCAAAGUGGAUUUUCAAGGCAGAGGCGAUGCACAACUUCAAGACCGCCACUCAACUUCAUCGUUUUCUUUGCAGCCGCUGCAACGGCCCCGCCCUCGACGUCGAGGACGUAAUGACAUUCCGCAAAAAGGCGUGUGAGUUACCGGCGGCGCUUCGUGCGUUCUGCGUGCACGCACUUCCGGGGAACCCUCUUCUGUGGCUCCAUCGGGCCCUCGUGAACUCCCCAAAGCCGCAACUUGUCACGGCAAUCACAGACACGCUCGCCGAUGUCGUGCUCGAUGGAGCGCCUGAGAUUCAGACAGGCGAGUCGACGGGCGCCACUCAUGUGUGCGUUGACAAGAACACAUACACGCAGCUUUGCCUGCAGCAGCUGUGGGUGAGCGGAAUGAGUGUGUCGCUCAGCGGUCUUCUGAACAGGCGGGAUGCGGUUAUCACGGCGGCCGUUGUGCGACUGCUAGAAUGGAUGGCUGUUCACACCUCACACGACGACUCAACGCGGCGCGUUUUGCUGGGCGCCCCCAGCAUCUCGCAUGUUGCCGAUGUCUUGGCCGGCGUUGCCGAGAGCGACGCGGUGAAGGAAGAACUCAAGAAGAAGGCGGUGCGGGCCGUUGUGGAGCAUGCCUUCUGUCUCGUGUGCGCAUUGGAUCACGCAGAGCUGACAAGCGUCUUCAACGACACGAUCGUCAUGUCGACGAGCACGCUUAUCACCGAAGGGAAAGACGAUCCCGUUCUCCUGCAGCAUGGUCUGCGCGCGCUCGCUCACCUCGCUGCGGCCUUCCCAAUGGCGGCAUCUGUAGCGCUGGACUUUGACUUUCUCGCCGAGCAGUGCACCAUCGCCGACUCACCAGCGGUGAGCGCUGGUGCCCUCAUCGUGGGCUCGCUGAAUGUGAUGAGUGCCAUUGUUCUCCAGGAGCCCACUGUGGUUACCUUUGAGUGGAUCGAGAUUUUGCUCGGCACUCUGCAGAACCUCGACGGGUGGCGGCACAGCGUGCCAGAUCUGGACGCCGCUCUGUGGCGGUGUGUGCGGCACACCGUCGACGCCUCCGCGGACUGUAAUGAGUACCUUUUCACGGCGGAGAUGGAGAAUGGGCUGCGAAACGAACUGGGGAGCCUGAAAUGCGAGCGUGCGCACCUGGACAGCAUAAUGCCGUCCCUCCUCGCCAUAGCCUCCCGCAUGCAACCUUCUGAGUAUCCUCACGUAUACGCGGCGACGCAGGAGGCGAUCACGCGUGUGCCGGCGGAGCUGUGGACGCAAGACAUGUGUGACGGCGCCCUCCACUUCCUUGUCACGUCGUAUCCGUUGCUGGACUCUCACCAAGCGGAUGAAGCCAGUGCAAGGUGCACGACCACGGCGGCCGUGGCCGUCCUCUACGGCGCUGCGCAUUCGCACUUGCAUUUGACGGCUGAUGCGUGCGCCAACUUGGCUCGGGGAAUUUCCAAAAAGGGCCUCACAACUAACGCAAUGACGGCACUCUUCGACCUCGCGGACGACGCUGCGGCGGUGUUGGUCUCCUCAGACGCGGUCGCCAUCCCAUGUGAGGCGACAAAGCUGUGCAGUGCUGUUCUGCCGCUUCUGCACAAUUUAUUCGUUACUUGCCCAACGACGCGGUCGCCUGCUGCGGAGGAACGCGUGCAGCGCAUAAGUAGCGUUCUGGCACGCGCCCCAUCAAGCACAUUCACACCACAGCUGCACCUCGCCACACUGCUCCUUGUGGAGGACACUUGUUCCUGCAGGACCCAUUCCAGUGUAACGACGGAGAGCGUCAAGAUGCAGCAAGUAUGGACGGUCCUGAUGAGCAUAGCUCAGCAGGCGGCCGACAAAAAGAGUGAGGAGGCGUGGCGUGCCGUUUUGAGCCGCGCCUACGCAGUCGCCCACCAGCUCUUUCUCACCUUCUCCGCCGUACCCAUUGUGGACCAGAGCGAUCCUCGUCUGAACUUCGUCGGCAAGUGCGGUCUGCCGCAUGUGGCAAUGGAGGAAUGCGCUGCCUUGCUCCAGACGGUGCUCAACAACGAAGACGCUCGUGCUAGCCUGCGGCGGGACUACGGUGAGUCGUAUACAGUCGCCCUCCAGCACAUUGCAAACCCCGUCCAUCACUCGAGCGGAAUCAUUCCGCUCUCUCUUCAGCGGUAUCACGAGGAAACAAAGCAGAACUGA